UCUAAUCUUCAGUAUCUAGCUAUCUAUCUAGUCUACUGUAUCUAUCUUCAGUAUCAAUUUAUAAUAUUAAUCUUCAGUAUAUAUCUAAAAUAUUUACCCACCAUACCUAUACUAUCUAAUCAAGCCUUUCUCAACCAGGGUGCCUGGGCACUCUGGGGGGUGCCUUGGCAAAAUGUCUAAAAAAUUGCAUGAAAACUUGUAUACAAGCCAGCGGGUGGAACAAGCUUGCCUUUUAGUUCCUCAAAGCCACCGAUUUUCAUAGUGCACCAUUACAACCCUCUAGCCGCCAGCAUCCUGACAACCAAUGACAUCAUCAGUUGA